UUGGCGAACCGAGCGCUCAUCAUCCUUCACACACGUUUGGCCCCCAGCAAAUGGACUGCACCACCUCCUUACCAUUUUCCCAUCGUCACCAUACACGGCAACGAUCUGAUGGUGGAUAUCGACGGGUGCAUGAGUGUUUACCCACAAAAACUUUAUCAAACUGCUGACUUCACAGUUUGUGUGCUCUUCCAAGAGUGCUGCUAUUUUGUCACCAUCACUGAGCGCAUGCAUCCUGCCACCAGUGUUCGGAUGGUCGUGAUGGUUGAAACACUUAAAGAUACGAGAGAGAAGAUCUUGCAGAUCAUGGCGGAGAAGAAGUAUCGUCAUGCAAAGAUAUUGUACAUUGAUGACGUCUUUGAGAAGCCUAUGAAUAUGACUGUGACGGAUCCAUUCCAUAUUUGAAUGACAUCCAUAUUGAUAAUUGAACGACAUUUGCUAAAAAGAGAGAGGAA